AUGGCGUCCAGAGUCAUCAUACUCGCUGGUGCGCCGGAAAAUUCCUCACUUGACUGGGAAGCGGAUAUGCUUUUGGACCAUUUCUUGGAACCAGUUGCACGAUUCGCUGGCGUGUACAAAGCACAGCAGCAGUCCAUGGAAACCAGUGUGGCUGAGGAAACCGUUCUGGAUAUUGCCACUUGGCGAAGUAUCCCAUUGGAAAAGGCUAUGCUCGAGACUGGUUUCUCCCAAAUACAUGAAUUCAACAAUCACUAUCAAGGCGAUCAAAACUUCUUCAGUACAGCGCAGACCCAAGGCACCGAUUCUGCGAGUCAAUCCGUCCUGGAAGAAUUUUAUCGGCACUCACUGAGAGUCCACGAUGAAAUACCCUCUUCACAGCUGCCCACGGCAACAUAUCCCAGCACUGCAUCAUCCAUGUAUUCGACUCAGCACGACAGUAUGGAUGACACGACCAUGGGAGAUAGCACGCUUCUUGCACAAGGAGACCGAACACUGGGUAUGGGGACAGCUCACCUGAGCGACCUUGAGGAUGUACCCAACGCAAAGUAUCUGAGAUCCAUCGAGCCACAAACCAUGUCUGUUAACCUAAUCGUUGGCGUUAUUUCCAUAGCGGAACCACGAGUCAUAAAAACCAGAUAUGGGACGUCCAAAUCUCUCGUGGAACUGGUCGUCGGCGAUGAAACUAGGUCUGGCUUCAGCGUUACCUUCUGGCUUUCCGACGAAAUCGCAUCUGUUGCAGAUGCUACACUCAGAGCACUCAGAAGACAAGAUAUUAUCCUUCUGCGCAACGUCGGACUAAGUCACUUCAAGCACAAGGUCCAUGGCCAAAGCCUGCGAAAAGGUCUGACCAAACUCGACUUGCUAUAUCGACGGAAACUUGAUGACGAUGAUAUCCGCGGGUUUUACAGUGCCAAGGAACUCAUAUCACGCAGUAAUCACCACCCUCAAUUAGCAAAAACCAGAACAGUACGAGAUUGGGUUCUGAAGUUCGUUGGAGGCGACGGUGUGCGCUUGGGGAAAAGGAAAGAAAAAGGCAGACCUGUCAGAAGCUGGGAACUACCUCCCGCCGAUACCCAAUGA